AUGAACAAUGGAAGGACGCAACGUGAGGGUCGACAUGCGGAAUGCAAAUGCCGCGACUAUCCGCUUCUUGGAAAUGGUCGGCAUUCGAUAUGGGCAGUGAUGGCAUCCACAGUUUUGGGCAGCAUCGUCUGGCUGGAUCCGGCACCCCAAUUUGAGGUUCAUUUAACAAUGACGCGGCAUCGUCUUAUACCCUACCAAAAUGCAGAGCAGAACCCGAAAGAGAUGGUCAUGCUCCGUUUCCUUUGCUACCAUGCUGACACUUUAUCUGAGUCACUUGCUUCUAAAGACGCUACACAAUUGGUUCCACAGUUCGCUACCGACGACUACUUGGUAAAUUUACUUGCGGCAUCACCCCUUCGCAAAGACACGUAGUCCUACAAAGAUAAAUGAAAGAACAAAGGCCAAACAGUUGCUUCUGUCUGACAUUCAUGUAUAACCAUAAAUAAUAUGUGACACAUGAGUAGUGUAAUAUUGUUUGUAUGGAGCUUAACAUUGUCGUGUAUAGUGCGUCUCUUUUUUGGUAUAAAAUGUUCACUUAUGG